AUGCUACGCUCCACUCGACCUCAUAUAAAUGUUGUCAUCCAAAGGACGGGUAAUAGAACGAUGCAUGUGCGAGCACUCAGCUUCAGCUCCCUGGGAAAGGCAGCGCUUCGUGGGCUGCGUCUGCCAGUGUUUGCCGGAACGGCCGCGUUGGGCACGGCGGCUGGGACAAUGGCUCUGGCCAACCGAACGGCAGAUCAAAUCACUGGCUUCGUAGGAGGCAUCUUCGACUCCGCAUCACAGACGGCCUCGGGCGCCUUUGGUAGCCUUGCAGACAUCUCAUCCGAGGCUCGCGAUCGCCUUUCAGAGUCACUGGAUGAACUCUCAUCAGCCUCGUCUUCGUGGUUCAGCAGCAUCUCAAAAGCGUUCGAGGCAAGGGGUAGAGAAAGGUCAGAAGGAGAUGCAGGCAGUAGCGGUGGCGGAGGAGGAAGCGGCGGUGAAGGUGGGCCGGGAGGUCCUGCUACCGCCGCUGCCCUCAGCGCUGGUGUCUACAGUACCGUGAGGGACAGCGAUGAAGCUGAUCAGAGCUCUCAUAAGCCGGCCAAUAGUACCGAGGAGCUGAUGCUGCUCACUCGCAAGCUCAUCGAAGUUCGCAAUAUCCUCAAGAGCGUGGACCACGAGAGCGACUCUCUCACCCUACCCAGCAUAGUCGUCAUUGGCUCGCAAAGCAGCGGGAAGAGUAGUGUACUGGAAGCUAUAGUCGGGCACGAAUUCCUCCCCAAGGGCUCCAACAUGGUCACAAGGCGACCUAUCGAGCUCACCCUCAUUCAUGAGGAGAACAAGUCCGGGCGAGACCACGUAGUGGAGUAUGGAGAGUUCCCAGGCUUGGGGACAGGGAGGAUCACAGACUUCUCUCAGAUACAAAAGACACUCUUUGACCUCAACAUGGCGGUACCGGCAGAGGAGUGCGUCAGUGAUGCGCCCAUUGAGCUACGCAUCCACAGCCCUCAUGUGCCAGAUCUCACAAUGAUUGACCUGCCAGGCUACGUGCAGAUCGCCUCGAUGGAUCAGCCCGAAGCGUUGAGGGAGAAAAUCAGCGGGCUGUGCGAUAAGUACAUCCAAGAACCCAAUAUCAUCUUGGCAGUGUGCUCAGCCGACGUCGAUCUCGCCAACUCACCGGCUCUACGUGCAAGUCGCAAGGUGGACCCUCUUGGUCUACGUACCAUCGGGGUCAUCACCAAGAUGGACUUGGUAGCACCCGAAGACGGCGCGGCACUGCUGAACAACAACAAGUACCCUCUGGCCCUGGGCUAUGUGGGCGUGGUCUGCAAGAGUGGUCUCUUCACGCGCUUUAGAUCCAAAGGUCACGAUAGCGAUGGGGAGGGCAACAUCAGCUCGGCAGUGCUGAGGCAGGAAGAUGACUACUUCAGCGCUCAUCGUGAGCACUUCAAGGCACCCGGACGCGGUAGGAAUGCUGGUGUUGAGCCCAUGGUCGGCACAGAUACCCUUCGCCGGCGCUUGAUGUCGGUCCUGGAGGAGAGCAUGGGCUCUUCGCUUCACACAAUCUCGAGCGCUGUCCGUAUGGAGCUGGAGGAAGCAUCCUAUCAGUUCAAGGUGCAAUACAACGACCGAAGCAUCACAGCUGAGAGCUACGUUGCUGAGACGAUGGAUGCUCUGAAACUGCAAUUCAAAGAGUUUGCCUCGAGCUUUGGUAAGCCAGAAGUGAGAGCGCUCCUGAAGCAGGCCCUCGACGACAAGGUCAUGGACAUCCUUGCCCAACUCUACUGGACCGACUCCAGAGCGCCGGAGUUGUCGCAGCUCGCUGAUAACCGCAAGCUUGCACCAGAAGAUCUGGACAGAUAUUGGCAGCACAAGCUGGACGCCAGCUCUGGUGCUCUUACCAAGAGCGGCAUUGGCCGCACAAGUACGCAGCUCGUGGUAGAUGCGAUCCGCACCCAGGUUGAGCGGCUCGCCCAAACAGAGCCCUUCAAUCAUCAUCCUGAGGCUGCUGAGCGUAUUCUUACCUUCUCUACUGCGAUCCUGAAGGACCGUUUUGGUCUGACCGCUGACCAAGUGGAGAAUUGCGUCAAGCCCUUCAAGUACGCAGUCGAGGUGGAGCCUCAAGAUUGGGAGGCUGGGAGGGGCAGGUCUGUGCAACUUGUGGAGAGGGAACUUUCGAUGUGCGAUGACGCUCUGAACAAGCUGAAGAAGGCUAUCGGAGGGAGGAGACUCAAGGGCGCCAUGGACUAUGUCUCGGAGCUCGAGGAGCGCGAUCGAAGGAGAGCCAUGGCUCGUCUGCGCACCGUUCAGCAAAGCAGAGAAGAGUCAGAGGGCGGUGCUGGCAGCCAGCGACCCCUCAGCGAGCGCGAUCUAGACGACGAAUCUGAUCCGCUGCGUCCAGACUACAACUCUGCCUUGCUGAUCAAGGCCCGCGAAGCCCGUUUCCUCCAAUCGCGCUCCGACAUUCUCCGUCUACGCAUUGCAGCCCUCAAGGGUCGACGCUGCAAGCUCGGUCCAGAUUCAAAGGCCUUUUGCCCCGAAGCCUUCCUCAAUGUAGUGGCAGACAAGCUUACCUACACUGCAGUCAUGUUCAUCAACAUCGAGCUCCUCGCCGAAUUCUUUUACCAAUUCCCGAGGGAAAUCGACUCGAGGUUGGUGUACGACAUGGGUAGGGAAGAUCUGGUCAAAUUUGCUAGGGAGAAUCCAACGGUGAGAAGACACUUGGACUUGCAGGACAAGCGAGACCGGUUGAGCGAGGCAAUGGAGAAGCUUAGCUCGCUGCAGUCCCUCUACGAGGAGAAGAAUCCGGGAAAGUCUGGAAGAGGUAGUGGAGGGAGGGGAGCUAGUUGGAAAUUCUUCUAG